AGAAAAGUCAAUUUUGGAUAAAGAAAAGAAGAUAGAUUGUUAUAAAUUGAUAGAACCCCAAAAUGGAUGAAACCUGGACGUAAGAUAGCCGAAUUAGGAUUUGAUUUGGAAUCUAAACAACGGUUGAGACUUGAGAGAGAUCAGUGAGUGAGUGAUUGAGUAUCGUCAAAGAUGGUGAAGACUUCAGAAAUCGUCGGAAAGCUUAAUCUCAGGUCUCACCAAGAAGGUGGUUUUUUCGCCGAAACCUUCAGAGAUUCUUCUGUUCUCCUCUCCACCUCUCAGCUCCCACCCACCUUCAAGGUGGACAGAGCAGUGAGCACAAGUAUCUACUUCUUGCUUCCAUCUGGGAGCGUUUCUCGCCUCCAUCGCAUACCAAUGGCUGAAACCUGGCACUUCUAUUUGGGUGAACCCAUUACUGUAGUGGAGCUCUACGAUGAUGGGAAGUUGAAAUUCACAUGUCUUGGUCCUGACCUGAUUGAAGGUGACCAGAAGCCUCAGUACACGGUCCCUCCAAACAUCUGGUUUGGUUCCUUUCCAACAAAGGAUGCUCAUAUCUCUCACGAUGGGACUCUGCUUAAAGCCGAGCCUAGAGACUCCGAGAACCAUUUCUCUCUCGUCGGCUGCACCUGCGCUCCCGCUUUCCAGUUUGAGGACUUUGAGCUCGCGAGACGCUCUGACCUCUUAUCGCGGUUUCCUCAACACGAGUCGCUCAUCACAAUGCUCUCUUACCCGGAGUGAAAGGACCCUUAGAGGAGAUUGCCUUAAUGGCUCAAUGGUUUGGUUACCGCUAAAAGAAGAUACUAUGUCGUUUUGUUACUUCAACUCCUUACAUGUGAACCAUACGAGGUUGUAGUUCUACAAUAAUUUCACUUUUGAUCUCUCUUACCUUUGGUUUUUCUGAAUUGUGUAAUUGAUCGAAUUUAUGUUCAAUAAAGAGAAAGACUCAAAUUUGUAAACAGA